AUGGACAUAGGGGUCUUGUUCAAGUUGUUCUCCGGUGACGUCAGGGCCCAGGGGGCUGAGCAUGAACAGCUGUUGUGCAGGGUGGGUGGGGGGGGGGUUCAGAGGAGGGGGUGGGGGUAUGUGCCUUCCAGCGUCUACUUCUAAUCUACCGUAUUUGUCGGGUAAGAUUCUAACUCUAUUUCUGCUUGUUUGGGGUGUGUCGACGCGGUUCCCAUGUAGUGUAUAGAAAGCAAGAGAAUGGACUGUUGAUUUGACAAACGAUCUUUAGGUCAACUGCGGAGAAGUUAGAAAAUAACUUUAGAUAUAAAUAGCAUUUGGCUGCAUUGUAUUUGUAAAUGCAUGUUAAACAGUAUGCCACUCAUGCUGUGGAGCAGUCGGACUGGUUAUAGACUAUUUAUGGUGCCUCAGCACCAAAGAUUCAGAAUACAUUAUUACGAUAUCUCCACAGUGCCCACACUGUUAUGUAGCUAAUUAACAUGUCAAGAGUUUCUCUCUGCUGGUCAGAUCAGGGAAAGUCACCCAGUUGAUUCACUUUUUAAAGGAACUUGUAAAGGUUUGGAUAGUUUGCGUUCGGCUCGAAUUCCAUUCAUAUUUUCAACAUGGACUCGGUGAUAGGAAAUAGGAAAUUGUCAAAAAAGUAAACACUGAACACAACAAAAGUACACCAGAUUCAGGUAACACAUGAAUAAUCAUAUGUAAUCCCCCCAUGUAACAACUUGUAAUCAUCACGCCACUGUUACCUAAUAUAGAUUGAUAAGAAGUGAAUAGUCAAUGUCGGCCCAUGUGAUGUUGGCCCAUCAUCCCUCAAAGCCUUGUUUCCUCAGAACCAUAUGGCACAAACGCAGAUUCAGGAGACUUGUGUUGUUUCGUACAGAAGAACAACAAAUGUAGCCCAGUUUUGCCAGCUGGGUAUUGUGUUGUGUAUUUUAUAUGUGCAUUUACAGUGUUGUUGUUUUCUCCACAGUGGACUCCCCAGUAAUAAGAUGACUCUCCAGUGGACUGUGGUGGCUUUCUUCCUUUAUGUGGAGAUAGCUGUCAUCCUGAUAUUUUGUCUGCCUUUUAUAUCUGCCAAGAGGUACUGUGGGGAAUCAUAUCCUAGCAUGUAACCUGGAUGAAGAGUUAACCCUUCUCUUGUGGCAUUUUGGCCAACACUGUAACAUUUACAGUCACAUCCCCCAAAAAAAGUAUUGACACCCUUGAUAAGAUAAGCAAAACCUGCCUGGUAGAGAACCCAUGUGUAUCUUGUCCCCUCACACAGUUAGGAAGAUGGUUCUGGAGGCAAAAAAAAAAUUAAGUCCAAGGGCCACAGUUGGAGAAUUACAGAACAUGAUCGCAUCUUGGGGUCACCAAGUCUCGAAAUCUACAAUUAGGCGUAACCUUCAUGCCAAUAGGCUAUUUGGUUGCCAUAAAAAAAGCCUUUAUUGAGGGCAACCAACAAAUGUAAAUGCCUGGUGUUUGCUGAACGGCAUUGUCACUUAGAUUGGUACUGGGUGCUAUGGUCAGAUGAGACGAAAAUAGAGCUCUUUGGCCACACAAACCAGUUUGGGUUUGGCCUCUUAAGAGGGAUGCAUAUGCAGAAAAGAACCUCUGUAAAAAUACUGUAUGGUCGUGGAUCUUUGAUGUUAUGGGGGCUGUUUUGCUUCGAUUGGCAUCAUGAACUCUACCAAGUACCAGGAAAUUUUUUGACAAAAACCUGGUUGCCUCUGUCAGGAUGCUGAAACUUGGGUGCAAGUGGAUCUUCCAGCAAGACAAUGAUCCCAAGCAAACAUCAAAAUCUACAAAGACAUUUUUAAAUAACCGCAAAGCAAUAUUUUGCAAUGCCCAACUCAGUCUCCGGACUUGAACCCUAUUGAAAACCUGUGGUUUGAAUUGAAGAUUCAGAUUCAGAGUGUUUAAUAGUCACAUGUACAGGGGUUGCAUGUGUGAUUGCAGGGUACAGUGAAAAUCUUAGGCUCCGAGCUCCAACAUGAAGGACUAAGUGAAAUAAAAUAAUUAAAAUGGUAAUAAAAAAACAAUAAUAGACAUAGCACUAAAUACAUAAUAACAACUGUAUCCGUGAUGAAUAAAUAAAUGUCCAUUUGGGCGGAGGCAAAGUAAAGACUGUUGAGGGGGUGGGGUGAAUGACCAUAGGGGGAGGAGCAUGACUAUUGAGGGGGUGGGGUGAAUGACCAUAGGGGGAGGAGCAUGACUAUUGAGGGGGUGUGGGGACCAAGUGAAAUAAAAACAAAAAAAAUUAUAAUAAAAUAAAAUAAUAAUAUACAUAUUAACAACUGCAACAGUGAUGAAUGUUGUCGGGGUGGGGGCAGAGUAAAAGUCAGUUGGGGGGGUUGGGUGUAAAAUGUCCGUAGGGGGAACAACAUGUAAGGUAAGUGACCAUUGAGGGGGGUGGGGGAUGUCCCUAGGGGGAGGUAAGGUAAGUGACCGUUUGCGGGAUGAGCAGGUAGCUGCACGUAUCCUCCUCUGAAGAGCCUUGCGGUCCGCGGCGGUGGAGUUGCCGUACCAGGCUGUGAUGCAGCCCGACAGUAUACUCUCCUGUAUAACACACUGAGGGCCCUCAGGGACAGGCCGAAUUCCUUCAGCAUCUUGAGGUUGACGAGUCGCUGUCGUGCCUUCUUCACUGCAGAGUCCGUGAGGUUAGACCAGUUCAGCUUCUCUGAGAUGUGUACACCGUCUCCACGGCGGCCCUGUUGAUGACGAUGGGGGGCGUCUCCAGCUUGGUUCCUCCUGAAGUCCACAAUCAGCUCCUUUGUUUUGCUAACGUUGAGAGAGAGGUUGUUUACCUGGCAUCACACCGUCAGAGUGCCUACCUCCUCCCUGUAGGCCGUCUCGUCGUUGUUGGUAAUCAGGCCUACUAGUGUCGUGUCGUCAGUGAACUUGAUGAUGGAGUUGGAACUGUGUGAAGCCAUGCAGUCGUGGGUACACAGGGAAUACAGGAGGGGACUGAGGAUGCACCCUUGUGGGGCCCCCGUGUUGAGGAUCAGUGUCGAGGAGGUAAUGUUGCCUACCUUCACCACCUGGGAGGCCCGUCAGGAAGUCCAGGACCCAGUUGCACAGGGAGGAGUACAGACCCAGGGCCGUGAGCGUUGUAAUGAACUUAAAGGGAACUAUGGUAUUGAAGGCCGAGCUGUAGUCGAUGAACAGCAUCCUCACAUAUGCAUUGUAGAAUAAUAGUGAAGGCAUCAAAGCUAUGAAAUAACACAUGGAAUCAUGUAGUAACCAAAAACGUGUUCAAUAAAUAAAAAUAUAUUUUAGAUUUUAGAUUCUUCGAAGUAGCCACCCUUUGCCUUGAUGACAGCUUUGCACACUCUUGGCAUUCUCUCUACCAGCUUCACCUGGGAUGCUUUUCCAUCAGUCUUGAAGGAGUUCCCACAUAUGCUGAGCACUUGUUAGCCAAUUUUCCUUCACUCUGCGGUCCUACUCAUAACAAACCAUCUCAAUUGGGUUGAUGUUGGGUGAUUGUGGAGGCCAGGCCAUCUGAUGAAGCACUCCAUCACUCUCCUUCUUGGUCAAAUAGCCCUUACACAGCCCCGUGCUUCACGGUUGGGAUGGUGUUCCUCGGCUUGCAAGCAACACCCUUUUUCCUCCAAACAUAACGAUGGUCAUUAUGGCCAAACAGUUCUAUUUUUGUUUCAUUAGACCAGAGGACAUUUCUCCAAAAAAUACGAUCUUUGUCCCCAUGUGCAGUUGCAAACCGUAGUCUGGCUUUUUUUAUGGCGGUUUUGGAGCAGUGGCUUCUUCCUUCCUGAGCAGCCUUUCAGGUUAUGUCGAUAUAGGACUCGUUUUACUGUGGAUAUAGAUACAUUUGUAUCUGUUUCCUCCAGCAUCUUCACAAGGUCCUUUGCUGUUGUUCUGGGAUUGAGUUACACUUUUUGCACCAAAGUACGUUCAUCUCUAGGAGACAGAACGCGUCUCUUUCCUGAGCGGUAUGACGGCUGCGUGGUCCCAUGGUGUUUAUACUUGCGUACUAUUGUUUGUACAGAUGAAUAUAUUUAUAUUAUUACCUUCAGGCAUUUGGAAAUUGCUCCCAAGGAUGAACCAGACUUGUGGAGGUCUACAAUCUUUUUUCUGAGGUCUUGGCUGUUUCUUUUGAUUUUCCCAUGAUGUCAAGCAAAGAGGCACUGAGUUUGACGGUAGGCCUUGAAAUACAUCCACAGGUACACCUAUGGAUGUCAAUUAGCCUAUCAGAAGCUUCUAAAGCCAUGACAUCAUUUUCUGGAAUUUUACAAGCUGUUUAAAGGCACAGUCAAUAGUGUAUGUAAACUUCUGACCCACUGGAAUUGUGAUACAAUAAAUUAUAAGUGAAAUAAUCUGUCUGUAAACAAUUGUUGGAAGAAUUACUUGUGUCAUGCACAAAGUAGAUGUCCUAACCGACUUGCCAAAACUAUAGUUUGUUAACAAGAAAGUAUUCACCCCUCUUGGCAUUUUGCCUAUUUUGUUGCCUUACAACCUUGAAUUAAAAGGGAUUUUUGGGGGGUUUGUAUCAUUUCAUUUACACAACAUGCCUACCACUUUGAAGAUGCAAAAUAUGUUUUAUUGUGAAACAACCAAGAAAUAAGACAAAAAAAACUAACUUGAGUGUGCGUAACUAUUCACCCCCCCAAAGUCAGCAUUCACCCCCCCUUUUGCAGCAAUUACAGCUGCAAGUCUCUUGGGGUAUGUCUCUAUAAGUUUGGCACAUCUAGCCAAUGGGAUUUUUGCCCAUUCUUCAAGGCAAAACUGCUCCAGCUCCUUCAAGUUAGAUGGGUUCCGCAGGUGUACAGCAAUUUUUAAGUCAUACCACAGAUUAUCAAUUGGAUUGAGGUCUAGGCUUUGACUAGGCCAUUCCGACAUUUAAAUGUUUCCCAUUAAACAACUCGAGUGUUGCUUUAGCAGUAUGCUUAGGGUCAUUGUCCUGCUGGAAGGUAAACCUCCGUCCCAGUCUCAAAUCUCUGGAAGACUGAAACAGGUUUCCCCCAAGAAUUUCCCUGUAUUUAGUGCCAUCCAUCAUUCCUUCAAUUCUGACCAGUUUCCCAGUCCCUGCCGAUGACAACAUCCCCACAUCAUGAUGCUGCAACCACCAUCCUUCAUUGUGGGGAUGGUGUUCUCGGGGUGAUGAGAGGUGUUGGGUUUGUGCCAAAAAGCUAAAUUUUAGUCUCAUCUGACCAGAGCAUUCUUCCAUAUGCUUAUUUUUUUCUUUAAGUAAUGGCUUUUUUCUGGCCACUCUUCCAUAAAGCCCAUCUCUGUGGAGUGUAUGGCUUAAAGUGGUCCUAUGGACAGAUACUCCAAUCUCUGCUGUGGAGCUUUACAGCUCCUUCAGGGUUAUCUUUGGUCUCUUUGUUGCCUCUCUGAUUAAUGCCCUCCUUGCCUGGUCCGUGACUUUUGGUGGGCGGCCCUCUCUUGGCAGGUUUGUUGUGGUGCCAUAUUCUUUCAAUUUUUUAAAUAAUGGAUUUAAUGGUUCUCCGUGGGAUGUUCAAAGUUUCUGAUAUUUUUUUGUAACCCAACCCUGAUCUGUACUUCUCCACAACUUUGUCCCUGACCUGUUUGGAGAGCUCCUUGGUCUUCAUGGUGCCGCUUGCUUGGUGUUGCCCCUUGCUUUGUGGUGUUGCAGACUCUGGGGCCUUUCAGAACAGGUGUAUAUAUACUGAGACCAUGUGACAGAUCAUGUGACACUUAGAUUGCACACAGGUGGACUUUAUUUAACUAAUUAUGUGACUUCUGAAGGUAAUUGGUUGCACCAGAUCUUAUUUAGGGGCUUCAUAGCAAAGGGGUUGAAUACAAAUGCACGCACCACUUUUCCGUUAAUGAUUUGUUUUAUUUGUUUUAUUUUGUGUAUGUCCAUUACAUGAAAUCCAAAUAAAAAUCCAUUUAAAUUACAGGUUGUAAUGCAACAACAUAGGAAAAACACCAAGGGGGAUUAAUGCUUUUGCAAGGCACUGUAUAUACAAUUCAAAUACAGAGCUAUAUUGUAUGCAAAAAAAAAGUGUAAUUAUAUUAUUUUAUACUAAUACAAUUGCUCAGAGAAAUAUAUUUUGUUCAACAAGUAAUGCUUUUUAUUCUCAAAACGUUAGGGGUCAAAUGUAUUGAUACCCCUAAAGAUUUUUAUAAAUAAAGUAGUCAAAGGAUUAGUAUUUGGUCUCAUAUUCCUAGCAUUCAAUGACUACUUCAAGCUUGUGACUUUACAAACUUGUUGGAUGCAUUUGCAGUUCGUUUUGGUUGUGUUUCUGAUUAUUUUGUGCCCAAUAGAAAUGAAUGGUAAAUAAUGUAUUGUGUCAUUUUGGAGUCACUUUUAUUGUGAAUAGAAUAUGUUUCUAAACAGUUCUAUAUUAAUGUGGACGCUACCAUGACUAUGGAUAAUCCUGAAUUAAUCGGGGAAUAACGAUGAGUGAAAAAGUUACAGAGAAUCAAAGAUCAUAACCCCCAUGACAUGUUAACCUCUCACCAUUAUCAAUAACAGGGGAGGUUAGCAUGUCUUGGGGGGGGGGGUAUGAUAUUCUCACUCAGAUAUCUACAGAGAACCAAGUGACUUUGACUUCUAAUUCCUUGUUUUCUGUAACUGCUCAUUCUCUUUUUGCAGAUGGCGAUCACUGUUCAACCUGAGUAUGUGGAACUGGUUGGCUCCGUACUGGAAUAGGGGUUUCUUUACCAUGAUACUCAUACUCAUCGUUCUCUUCUGUGGUGAGUCAUCAUACUUGCAGUAGAUUGGUUGGGUCCCAGGUAUGGCAUUUUUUUGGUGAGCAGCACUGAAUCUAUUGUAGAUAGUCAGAAAAGUAAUGACAGCUUUUAUAGGAUCGUGGGUUAUUCUCCUGGUUCUAUAGUUUCAUCUCAUAGUCUAGUGACAUAUUAUACACAUUAUAAGACAUUACAAAGGCUUAUAGAUGCUCAUAUCAACAAGUUAUGAAGCAUUAUACCUGGCUUUACGCGGUGUUACCAUGAGUCCUGUAGUCCAGGUUUCCCCAACUGGCAGCCCGCUGGUGAUUUUAUUUAGGCCCAAACGUUUUUUAUUUUUUUUGUGGACAUAAAAAGACCAGCAAUUUUGGAAACGUGUUCCAAAGUAUUCCCAUACAUAAUAGAGAGAUAUACAGUACGUGCUCUAUACAAAUGUAAGCAAGGUUUUAAAUUUUUAUGUUUUAGUCAAAUAUUAUAUCCGUUUGGGCUUCAUGCGGUCAAUUUGCAGUCUACAAAUUGUUUGGAAUUAUUUUCCGGCCCCCUGACCAUCGGCCCGCAGCUGAAUCUAGUUGCUAGAUGUUACUGUUACACCUGUUUCCACCCUAAGAUGCUCUGAGAGAGGUGAGGCAGUACUCCAGCGCAGAGCCCAUGGAAAAGGGCAAGCUUAUUAACUCUAGCCUGUUGUUAUACGAGUAGUCAGUCCUCCAUGCUCCAUACACUGUCCCCAUGGAGAACCAUUUUGGAACCCUUUUUUCUAAGAGUGUAGCUACUGCAUCGACAGUAGUUCAACUGUUCCCUGUAUCUCCCUCCUAAGAUGCUCUGAGGGAGGUGAGGAAGUACUCCAGUGCGGAGCACGUGGGAGACGCCAAGCUGAACCCCAACCUGUUUGACCAUCUCCACAUGAAGCUGUUCAGAGCCCAGAGGAACCUCUACAUCUCUGGCUUCUCCCUGUUCCUCUGGCUGUGAGUCCACCUCUAUUCUAUCCCAGAGGAACCUCUAGAUGACAUGCAACAACUUCUUGGGGUUAGGGUUGUGGUUGAGGCUAGUUAGGGUUGAACUGAGACGUGAACAUUAAGUUAGGAUUAUGGUUAGGAUUAUGGUUAGGAUUAUGGUUAGGGUUGUGGUUAGGAUUAUGGUUAGUUUUGUGGUUAGGGUUGUGGUUAGGGUUGGGGUUAGGGUUUGGUUAGGGUUGUGGGUAGGAUUAUGGUUAGGGUUGCAACAUUUCCCAAAAGUCACAGGUUUUCCAGAAAUUCCUGGAUUUCCUGCUUAAUCCAUCCUGAUUCCAGGAAUCUUCCAACCGGGAUUUCUGGAAAACCAGGGACUUUUUGGAAUGUUACCAGAAUAGUUUAACCCUAGUUAUGGUUGAGGCUCGGGUUAGUUCGGGUUAGUGUGUCACUCAUUUAUCACUUCUUGUCCCUGUAGUGUGAUGCGGCGUGUGGUGACUCUGAUAAACCAGGUGGCCAUCGCUACGGUAACAGGGACCAGCCUGCAAAUACAGGCGGAGAGCGCCAAUCAGGCAGCCAAGAAGUACCAGGAGGAGAACCUGCUUCUGAAACAGGUGAACGCCAGAGUCAGAAAGAGGGCCUGGGACGGGCAUUAUCUGACUUCAUAUGUAGAGAGUCAAUAUUCAUCUCUUGUGGAAGACUCAAAACACACAGUUACAAAUGUUUAACAAACUGUAGCUAGCCUGGGAGUUGUGAAUGGCAUUUUUUUGUCAGAUGAUGUCAUUGACGUGUUUCAUGUUUGUGUGCACUUUAUUGCACCAUUAUGCCAGCAUGUGAUGAACGAAAUUGUUUUCCUAACGGACAAAUAAACCAUUCGUUCAUUCAUAAAACAUUUUACCUCACAAUAAAAUAACUAAUAUAAGAAAGUGCUGUCUGCUCAGGCUUUGCUGGAUGAGGAGACAGCCAAAACUGCAAGCAAACAGCUACUGAGGAAGGAGGCAGAGAAGUUGAUGGAGGAACUGAAGACUGCAGAGGAUGGUGGGUAAUGAGGAAGUGAAUCAGGAAUUAAACUGUUUAGCGUUUAUUUAGCAUUUUUUUAAUGAACUGAAUUUAAAUGGAAUUGACCUCCAAACCUGCCUUCGAUUCAAGUUUUAUUUGUCACAUGCUUCAUAAACUAACAGUGAAAUGCUUACUUACACCCCCCCCCCCCAACAAUGCAGAGAGAAAAAUAUAGAAAAAUAAUAACAUGAGGAAUAAAUACACAAUGACGAUAACUUGGCUACAGUAUAUACACGGGCUACCAGUACCAAGACGGUGUGCAGGGGUACGAGGUAAUUGAGGUAGAUAUGUACAUAUAGAUACGGCUGUUGCGUUGACCAUAUUACUGCCACACCGGCGGUCACGAGUCAUGAAGGCAGUCAAAUGCCACGUGAUCGUUUAGUCAUGGUAAUUAGGCUUCUCCAAGCUCUGAUGCUGCUGAUGGUCAUUAGUAGCCUACCAAGUUUCAAUGAGCGGGACUCUAACACGGACGCUUAUAAGAAAUCCUGCUAUGCCCUCCAACGAACCAUCAAACAGGCAAAGAGUCAAUACAGGACAAAGAUUGAAUCGUACUACACCGGCUCUGAUGCUCGUCGGAUGUGGCAGGGCUUGAAAACUAUUACAGACUACAAAGGGAAGCACAGCUGCGAGCUGCCCAGUGACACAAGACUUCCAGACGCGCUAAACCACUUCUAUGCUCGCUUCAAGGCAAGCAACACUGAAGCAUGCAUGAGAGCACCAGCUGUUCUGGAUGACUAUGUGAUCACGCUCUCCGUAGCCGAUGUGAGUAAGACUUUUAAGCAGGUCAACAUUCACAAGGCCGCAGGGCCAGACGAAUUACCAGGACGUGUACUCCGAGCAUGUGCUGACCAACUGGCAAGUGUCUUCACUGACAUUUUGAACAUGUCCCUGACUGAGUCUGUAAUACCAACAUGUUUCAAGCAGACCACCAUAGUCCCCGUGCCCAAGGACUCUAAGAUAACCUGCCUAAAUGACUACCGACCCGUAGCACUGACGUCUGUAGCCAUGAAGUGCUUUGAAAGGCUGGUCAUGGCUCACAUCAACACCAUUAUCCCAGAAACACUAGACCCACUCAAAUUUGCAUACCGCCCCAACAGAUCCACAGAUGAUGCAAUCUCUAUUGCACUCCACACUGCCCUUUCCCACCUGGACAAGAGGAACACCUACGUGAGAAUGCUAUUCAUUGACUACAGCUCAGCAUUCAACACCAUAGUGCCCUCAAAGCUCAUCACUAAGCUAAGGAUCCUGGGACUAAACACCUCCCUCUGCAACUGGAUCCUGGACUUCCUGACGGGCCGCCCCCAGGUGGUAAGGGUAGGUAACAACACAUCUGCCACACUGAUCCUCGACACGGUGGCUCCUCAGGGGUGCGUGCUCAGUCCCCUCCUGUACUCCCUGUUCACCCAUGACUGCAUGGCCAGGCACGAUUCCAACACCAUCAUUAAGUUUGCCGACGACACAACAGUGGUAGGCCUGAUCACCGACAACGAUGAGACAGCCUAUAGGGAGGAGGUCAGAGACCUGGCCGUGUGGUGCCAGGACAACAACCUCUCCCUCAACGUGACCAAGACAAAGGAGAUGAUUGUGGACUACAGAAAAAAAAAAGAGGACUGAGCACACCCCCAUUCUCAUCGACGGAGCUGUAGUGGAACAGGUUGAGAGCUUCAAGUUCCUUGGUGUCCACAUCACCAACGAACUAUCAUGGUCCAAACACACCAAGACAGUUGUGAAGAGGGCACGACAAAGCCUAUUCCCCCUCAGGAGACUGAAAAGAUUUGGCAUGGGUCCUCAGAUCCUCAAAUAAUUCUACAGCUACACCAUCGAGAGCAUCCUGACUGGUUGCAUCACCGCCUGGUAUGGCAACUGCUUGGCCUCCGACCGCAAGGCACUACAGAGGGUAGUGCGUACGGCCAAGUACAUCACUGGGGCCAAGCUUCCUGCCAUCCAUCCUCUAUACCAGGCGGUGUCAGAGGAAGGCCCUCAAAAUUGUCAAAGACUCCAGCCACCCUAGUCAUAGACUGUUCUCUCUGCUACCGCACGGCAAGCGGUACCGGAGUGCCAAGUCUUGGUCCAAAAGACUUCUCAACAGCUUCUACCCCCAAGCCAUAAGACUCCUGAACAGCUAAUCAUGGCUACCCGGACUAUUUGUACUGCCCCCCCACCCCAUCUUUUUACGCUACUGCUACUGUGUUAAUUAUUUAUGCAUAGUCACUUUAACUCUACCCACAUGUACAUAUUACUUCAACUACCUCAACUAGCCGGUGCCCCCGCACAUUGACUCUGUACCGGUACCCCCCUGUAUAUAUAGCCUCCCUACUGUUAUUUUAUUUUACUUCUGCUCUUUUUUUCUCAACACUUUUUUGUUGUUUUAUUAUUUAUUAAAAAUAAAUGCACUGUUGGUUAAGGGCUGUAAGUAAGCAUUUCACUGUAAUGUCUGCACCUGUUGUAUUCGGAGCAUGUGGCCAAUAAAAUUUGAUUUGAUUUGAUUUGAACUUGCUAACUGCCUGAUACUCAGCACUCUAUUGUCCCUCUAAUAACUCUGACAUCAAUGCAAAUGUAGAGCAAAAAUCUAAUCAAACACUUCAUGAGAGCCCAUGAGCUCAUGUUGAGCAACAUUUCUAUAGGCUAUGCAAUUGCGCGAGAAAACAGAGUGAUGGCCUCUAUUAAAAAGAGGAGGAUCCCAUCAGCUUUCUAUAGGCUAGGCCUACUAUAUUUAUUUCUCAACUUUCCUAAUAUUAAGCACUGGUAUGAAAAUGAACCACGGGAAAUGCAUCCUCCAUUCGCUAUUUAAGUGUUUUAUUUCCCUUGCACCUGUUUCAAGACUGGUGCAUGAUAAUGGUCCAUUCUAAAUCAAAACUAAUUUCACACAUACAGUGUGGAGAACAAGUAUUUGAUAUACUGCCGAUUUUGCAGGUUUUCCUACUUACAAAGCAUGUAGAGGUCUGUAAUUGUUAUCAUAGGUACACUUCAACUGUGAGAGACGGAAUCUAAAACCAGAAAAAAAAUCCAGAAAAUCACAUUGUAUGACUUUUAAGUAAUUAAUUUGCAUUUUAUUGCAUGACAUAAAUAUUUGAUACAUCAGAAAAGCAGAACUUAAUAUUUGGUACAGAAACCUUUGUUUGCAAUUACAGAGAUCAUACGUUUCCUGUAGGUCUUGACCAGGUUUGCACACACUGCAGCAGGGAUUUUGGCCCACUCCUCCAUACAGACCUUCUCCAGAUCCUUCAGGUUUCGGGGCUGUCGCUGGGCAAUACAGACAUUCAGCUCCCUCCAAAGAUGUUCUAUUGGGUUCAGGUCUGGAAACUGGCUAGGCCACCCCAGGACCUUGAGAUGCUUCUUACGGAGCCACUCCUUAGUUGCCCUGGCUGUGUGUUUCGGGUCAUUGUCAUGCUGGAAGACCCAGCCACGACCCAUCUUCAAUGCUCUUACUGAGGGAAGGAGGUUGUUGGCCAAUAUCUUGCGAUACAUGGCCCCAUCCAUCCUCCCCUCAAUACGGUGCAGUCGUCCUGUCCCCUUUGCAGAAAAACAUCCCCAAAGAAUGAUGUUUCCACCUCCAUGCUUCACAGUUUGGAUGGAGUUCUUGAGGUUGUACUCAUCCUUCUUCUUCCUCCAAACACGGCGAGUGGAGUUUAGAUCAAAAAGCUCUAUUUUUGUCUCAUAAGACCACAUGACCUUCUCCCAUUCCUCCUCUGGAUCAUCCAGAUGGUCAUUGGCAAACUUCAGACGGGCCUGGACAUGCGCUGGCUUGAGCAGGGGGGACCUUGCGUGCGCUGCAGGAUUUUAAUCCAUGACGGCGUAGUGUGUUACUAAUGGUUUUCUUUGAGACUGUGGUCCCAGCUCUCUUCAGGUCAUUGACCAGGUCCUGCCGUGUAGUUCUGGACUGAUCCCUCACCUUCCUCAUGAUCAUUGAUGCCCCACGAGGUGAGAUCUUGCAUGGAGCCCCAGACCGAGGGUGAUUGACCGUCAUCUUGAACUUCUUCCAUUUUCUAAUAAUUGCGCCAACAGUUGUUGCCUUCUCACCAAGCUGCUUGCCUAUUGUCCUGUAGCCAAUCCCAGCCUUGUGCAGGUCUACAAUUUUAUCCCUGAUGUCCUUACACAGCUCUCUGGUCUUGGCCAUUGUGGAGAGGUUGGAGUCUGUUUGAUUGAGUGUGUGGACAGGUGUCUUUUAUACAGGUAAAGAGUUCAAACAGGUGCAGUUAAUACAGGUAAUGAGUGGAGAACAGGAGGGCUUCUUAAAGAAAAACUAACAGGUCUGUGAGAGCCGGAAUGCUUACUGGUUGGUAGGUGAUCAAAUACUUAUGUCAUGCAAUAAAAUGCAAAUUAAUUACUUAAAAAUCAUACAAUGUGAUUUUCUGGAUUUUUGUUUUAGAUUCCGUCUCUCACAGUUGAAGUGUACCUACGAUAAAAAUUACAGACCUCUACAUGCUUUGUAAGUAGGAAAACCUGCAAAAUCGGCAGUGUAUCAAAUACUUGUUCUCCCCACUGUAUAUCAUCUAGUAUAUGUAAAGACAAGAUUAAAUCAAGAAUAGUCUGAUGGGUGACAAUAUUAGCCUAUCACUUCUGAAUGAUAUAUUAUCACUUGUGAAUGAUGCCCAGCGUAAGGCAAGAAACAAUGCCUUUUUUUUGCGACUUUUUCGAAUCAUAGUCACACACCUCAAGUAGCCUAGCCCAUAGGCCUAUAUGUUUUGAUAAGGUUUGUAUCACAACUAAAGUGACCAAAUAACUUCUUAAAAUUAAGCACAUUAGUCCGCUUUACAAGGGGUGUAGAGGCAUUAGCAGCGCGUGAGUUUCAAGUUUGGGGAAGAUAAUUUUCACCAUAAAAAUGCACCUUUACAAUAAAAGCAUUACAUGCAUAAUCACAUUUGCGGUCACUAUGGGGGAUAGUAGAUUGACAUAGGCUAGUGCCUUUGCUGUUUGUUAGGCCUACUCAUCUUGUUGCUGACGAAAGGUAAAUGUGGACAGUUCUUCCAAUAUCUUCAAUUUGCACCUCGGAAUUGGAUAAGGACACGCACAGUUGCAUCCCCAAAGUGUCUGUCUUCACUUGUAGCCUGUGAGAAAGACCUGAUCACUUGAUGGAGAGCCAUGUGAGUGAGAGGUGCUUCGGAGCACGCAGCACUCAGGGAGAAGGGCAGAAUGGCCACUGGCCGCAAAAGGCAUGAAUUUUUUUAGGGUGCAUUACGGCCACACAAAGGGGAUGCCGCCGGGAAAUUUGAGGCAUUAUCAAGUGCUUGUCAAAUUAUGAAUGAGAGACUGAUGAAUUGCAUACAGCCUGCGCAAAAAAACAAAGCAGAGUUCAUGCCUUUCAAGCGACUUUUUUCAAAUCAUCAUUAGAGUCGCAUCAUGCAGCCUUACAAUGUAUUAAAAAUCUAAACAUAGCCCAACGUUUGUAGAAUGACUAAAUGUACAUUAAUAACUCUAAAUUAAGUAAAUAGCAGUACCUAUUUCUUUGUUAACCGCUCAACACAGAAUAGCCGCAUUUGCGCACUCCCUCAAAUCGUUUGGAGAACAUUUUUACUUUUUUAUUUUAUUCAGCUUUGUUCAAUUGUAUUCUUCAUACUAUAAAAUAAUAUAAAAUAAUGCCACAGAAAUCUAACCAAAUCUUGUCUGCUAAAUGAACUAGUGUAGCCCACAGCCAUAUGGCAUAGCGAGAUCAGGACCUAACAUAAGGACAACUCAGAGUAUGCUAUUCUGUUCUUCUGAAAUAGACUACAUUUUCUUCAUAUCAUGUUUCUAUAGACCUGUCUAAAAUAAAUAAUGGAUUUAUUGUGAAGGUGUAGGCUAUAUUACAUGGAUGUAUUAGACUUUUUUUUUUAAUGUAGAUGUUCCAAAGGUCUGCACCAGUGGCUUGUAGGCUAUGUGUGGAAGCCAGGAGAUGCUAAAUGUGUUUAUGUCAAUUAAAGGUAAAUUACCAUGAGACCGACAGUUAUUUGCUUCACAAUCACCGGCUGACAGAACUUUGGGACCGCCAGAGCUCUAGUCUCGCACAUCCGAAUAAUAGCUUAACUUUUGCAUGUAGGCUGCUGUCUCCAAUUUCAAAGACAGUUGUCAUAUAAAUCUAUAUGUCAGUAUAUGUGAGUGAAGUGUGUGUUUGUGCAGCUGUGCGUAAAUCUAAUGCUGAGGUGGAGGCCAUGAAGAGGCAGGCUAACGGUCUGACAAAGGAGUAUGACAGACUGCUGACAAAGCACAACGAACUACAGGUAAUACACACACACACACACACACACACACACACACACACACACACACACACACACACACACGCACACACGCACACACGCACACACGCACAAACGCACAAACACACACACACACACACACAAACACACACACACACACACACACACACACACACACAAACACACACACACACACAAACACACAAACACACAAACACACACGCACACACGCACAAACACACACACACACAAACACACACACACACACACACACACAAACGCACAAACGCACACACACUCACGCACACACACGCACAGACACGCACACACACAAACACAUACACGCACAAACAAACACGCACAAACACACGCACGCACACACGCACAUACACAACACAAGCACACACGCACACACAUGCACACACACGCGCACACACACACAUUACACAUGAAUCAUGGUACAUAUUUGUGAUUUGUUCUCAAUUCAUUUGACCCUAAUCUACCCCCAUAAAUGAAUCGCAAUUAACUUUUCACCAACAUUGAUAAGGACUGAUUUCCCCUCUUCACUAUCUAUUGUGUCUAUUACUAUUUGAAAGCAGAAUCUACAGGGUGGAACCGAAGACAAGAAGGAACAAUAAGCACUGGUUCAAAUCUUUGCUCCAGAUUAAUAGUGUCAAAGACAGAAGGACAGCUGUGUGACUUCACAUGGAUACCUGCUAUUCAGCUGAGCAACUCUUCAUUAAUCUCUGUCUUAUGUGUACUGUACUGUGCAUGGGAAAGGUACAGUUAUUCAAUACUUGUUAUUCAAUGUAUCCACAUGUAUUUGUAUUGUAUCUAAGAUAUGGGGCUAAAAUUGUGUCAUGGUUAAAGAAGGAACAGCGGAUUUUGUGUCUUUAACGUAUGGUCUUAAAUAGUAUAGUACAUUAGUACUACAUAGUAUAAUACUAGUAUAGUAUACACUCAAAGUACAUUAUGCAAAUAUGCAGAGCUUUCAGCUCAUGAAAUGCCGAGUCCUGUUUUACAUGUGUACCCAGUGGGCAAAACUGGUUGAAAUGAUGU